AUGGAUUAAAUGGAUGAACUUGAUAUAGAGAUUUUAGAUUAACCUGUUAAUCAAUUUAUUGAUGAUGAUUAAAAUGAUGAAGAUUUUCUUGAUGAAACUACUAAAACUUUUGUUAAUGAUAAUAUGCACAUUAAUGAAGAAAGUAGAAAAAAAAUUAACAUUGAUUUUAAAAUAAAGUUAGAGAAAUUUGUACCAAAAUUAUUUUCAUAAGACUAAAUUAAAGUAUUUACAAAUAAUUAUAUUAAUUAGAAUAGUGAAAUUAGAGCUAUUAAACAAAUUCUACUUUUAUUAAAAAUAUCUGAUCAACUUAUUUAAGAAUAGAGAAUGAAAGAAAGAUUAGAAUAAAAUCAUUAAAAUUAAAAUAUUGGACCAAAAAGAAGAAUUUAAGAAAGAAAUACAGAAGAGUUUCUUAUUGAUAAACUUAAAAAACAUUUAAUAGGAGGUUCUAAAUUAGAUAUUACAUUCCAUGAUUAACAUUAUACUCCUCUUUAUUUAUGUCAUAAUCCAUGUGUUAUUUAUAUUAAAACAUUAUAUCCAUAUCAUACACUAGAUAUUGUAAAUUAAAUGUUGAGAAAUCUAAAUAAUCCAUAAUUAUUUGAAUAAGAUAUAUUUAAUGAAAUAAAGAAUAAAUUUGGUGAUAAUUGCUUAAAAUUGAUUAUACAAUAAAUGCAAUACAAUCAUCUUAUUAUUUAAAUCCCAGAUGGUUCUAUUAAAUUUGAAAUUAAAGCAGGAAAUGAAAAUUAAGAUCUAGAUAUUUAUAAAGAUCAAAUUAUGAAUGUGUAUUGUUAAAUUAAUCCAGAAUUAAAGAAAAUAUGUGCAUUCUUAAAUUAUUGGGCACAUCAAAGAGGUAUUUUGGGAGAUCAUGCACUACCAGAAUUUGCUUUAUAUUGUAUGAUAAUUGAUUUCUUUAUGACUUAAUCUUUGAUACCUAACAUAUUCAGUGAUUAAUAUAGUUAAUGGAGUUAAGAAAAAUUAUUAUUGAAAUAAUAAAUUAAAACUAGUGAUGAUUGUAGAUUGUCUAAAUUUAAUAAAGAUGAUUAUAUAAUAUAAGUAACUUAAAAAAAUGGAAGAAGAGUAGAAAAGAUUUUUUGGUUAACAUUUCCUAGAACUAAAGAAGAGAUUAAAGGUGUAAUAUAAUAAUGGACUAAAACUUAAGAAAAACAAUAUAAAUAAGUUCCUCAAUUCAAUCUAGGGUAUUAAAUUAGUGUAUUUUUCCAUCUUUGGAACCAAGUUGAAAAAUAUAAAGUUCCACUUUCAUUAACAAAUGAUGUAUAAAAGGAAGGUUAAGAAAUUGGAUUAAUAAUUUAUAAUCCAUUUAUUAAAAAUCAAAUUCUAACUCCUUUAUUACAAAAACGUUAAAAGAAUGAAGAAUUUAAAUCAAUGAAUAUGUAUUAAUAAGUUAGAUCAGAAUUUAAAAGAGCUUAUGAUUUGAUUUUAUCAGGUAAUUAUGUUGAAUUGUGUGAUAAAUAAUAAUUAUUAUGAAAAUAAUUUAAUAUUUAUAUCAUUUAAUUCAUCUUCUUUAUUUAUUAUAAUGAAAGUAUUUUAUUAAAAAUCAACUUAACCUCAACUUUGGGAUUUAAUGAAUUAUGAAUAGUUCACUUAAUAAACAAAUCAAGUGUUCUAGUUAUCUAAAGGUACUUACAGCAUCAAAGCAAAAAGUAAUAAUUAACCAAUCAGAACAACUAAAGAUUUAUAAUUGUAUGGAUAAUAAGCAGGCAUUAUUAUUGAACCGUAAAAUUUGAUUGCUUAUUUUGAGUCAUCAACAAAGUUUAUUUUCAGUUUUAGGUGUUCAUUUACCUGAAACCAAUAAUCCAUAAUCUCAUAGAAUUGUAAAAUAAAAAGUUCCAGCAAUUAAGAAGUAACUUAAAACUGAACAUGAUGGAGUUGAAAGCUUUAAGAAAAUUCUUCAUAUAGGGAAUAGUAAUUUAAGUAAUGAUUGGAGAUAAAUAAUUACAAGAAUCAAAGAUCUUCAAGCAGAAUCAUAUUACUUUAAAAAUCAUAUGUAAGAGAAUUAUGGAACAUUUUAAGAAGAAAUUGAUGCGUAUCAUAAUAUAUUUAUUGAUUAGGUUAAUUGAUGAAGCCAAUUAAUUGCAAUUGCAAUAGUAGUAAGUCUUUUAGUAAAACACUGAAUUAUUACAAAAAAUUGAAUAAACUAAAAAAGAAAUAAUUGAAUAAUAGGAAUAAUAUGAUACUAUUAAGAAUUAAUUCAAAUAAGAGAAUAUUGAAUAUUUCAUUUAAUCUAAACAACAAUAAAAUAGAAAUCAAAUUAAAAUAUUUAAGUAUAUUGAUGAAUUUGAUUCCUUUUUAAAUGAGAAUAAAUUUAUACUUGCUUAUGGAGCUAAUUUAGAUAUCAGAAAGAAAUUACAAUAUUUCAAAAACAAAUAUUUAUAAUUAAGUAAAUGA